AAAAAAAACAAAGAAAUGAUUCCCCUCAUCUCCCACUAAACAAUUCCACCCUUCUCACUCUCUCUCUCUCUCUCUCUCUCUCGGCUUCAUCUUCAAGUUUCAGAACCCUGUGAAGUGUAAACACAGAGCUCUUUUUCCCGAUUUGCUGUUAAUCUCCGACAAUUUUAUGAUCUUUCGGGUGAUGGGCGAAGAGGAUGAUGGAAUCUCAAAGACCACAUCGUAGUGGUAGUACAAGCAGUGAGCUUUUCAUCUGUUUCACUUCAAGGCAUUCUUCUUCCUCUGCUUCGUCCAUGAAGAUCUCCUCCAAAUCCAUUCUCAGCCCGGCUCGUACGGACAAGUUAAGAGAACCCACACUAUCUCUCUCUUCGUCUCUGAGUCGGAGGCUUAGAAGUAAUGGCAGCAUGAAAGGUGGGCAGGCUUCGCCCAUGUUUCCAACGGGAAAUAAGAAGAGAGGUUCGACAUUCGAGACCCCGGAGCCCUCCUCACCGAAAGUUACCUGCAUUGGCCAGGUUCGUGUCAAGACGAAGAAGCAGGGUAAGAAGAUGCGAACGAGAUCGAAGCGAAGAGGGGAAAUGAGUUUUAGGAAAACAGAACAGUCACAGGAGGGGAUUCAGCAGCAGCAGCAUCACCAGGAAUGCCUGCCUCACAGGAAUCAGAGAUGGGUUCAUAUUCCCUUGACGAUUUGCGAAGCUUUGAGGGCUUUCGGGUCUGAUUUUAACUGCUUCCUACCUUGCCGGUCAUCGUGUUUUUCGUCGAACGAGAGAGAGAAGGGUGAGAAGACGAAGACGAACACAUCCUCUUCCAGUUCUUGCGGUGCCAUUUUUGCAAGGUGGUUGAUGGCAAUACAAGAGGGCGAGGAGGAAAAGAGAACAGAAAUAACGUUGGUCGUUGAACAAGAGAAGAUGGCGGGAGAGAAAACAGAAGCAGUCAAUGUGAUGAAGACCAGUGAGAAAGGCGAAGUCGAGGAGGAAAUUGAGGGGGAAGUAGACGAAAGGGUUAGCAUAUGCAUUCCCCCCAAGAAUGCUUUGUUGUUGAUGAGGUGCAGAUCUGAACCUUUCCGGAUGUCUUCUUUCGCUAAUACCUUCUGGGAUUCUCCCGCUACGAAAGAAGACAACCAUGUUAAUGAAGAUGACGACGAAGAUAGCGAAGAAGAAGAUGAUGAUGAGAGGCAGAUCAGUGAAUCAGAGGAGGAAAAAGAUUAUGACAAUGCCAUUGACGAUGACGAAGAAGAAAAUGUUGAGGAAGUGAAGGGUGAGCUAUAUGAAAAGCAAGGGGAGGAGGAAAUGGCAGCUGAAGCUCUUGGUGAACCCCCUAAUCUACAAGAAAAUGAGGAAGAUUCAGAAUUGAGGGGAAACCCACCAGCGGCGACAGAUGAAGUGGAAAAAGGUGAAGAAAAUCUAGAGAGAGUAGUAGAAGGGGACUCGGAGGAGCAGGACCACCAACCUGAGGAACCGAGCGUGGAGGAUGCGGAAGAACAGAUAUUGGAAAUUGGAUCUUCAGUUGAAGCUCUCGAAGAAUUAGAAGAGGAGGCAAACUAUGAAGGAAAAGAAACCAGCUUGCUAGAGAGCACAGAAGAAGCAGAGGUGGAAGGGGAAGAGGAGGCGAGAAGGACGAGCUCUUCUUCUUCUUCUUCAUCGUCCUCCGUUGUAGUGUCCAUACAGCCAGCACUAGAAGAAGGGGGAGGAGAAGAAGCAGAAGAACAACAGGAAGUAGUAGUAGAACUAGUAUUAGAAAGAGAGUCGGUGGGAUUAACAGAAACAGCAGACGCAGUAGCUUCCAAAGAGACAGUGGAAGAGUCAAAGAAGGAAGAGACGGCAGACAGAGCUCCAGAGGUGGAGAUAGAAACCGAGGAAGAGAUCCAGAAGAUUUGUGUGCAGGCGCCGCAAGAACAGCAGCAAAAUCAAACCAACGAAGAAGACCAAAACGUAGAUGGUCCAGGGGAAGGAGAAGCGACCCAGGAGGCGGUGGGUGCGCCGCCCCCGCCGCCGCCGCCGCUAAACCAAAUCCACGAAAAAGACCAAAACGAAGCAGAAGACAAGUUAGAAGAGAGAGAAAAGAAGUCAAAGUUGCCGGACUGCCUGCUGAUGAUGAUGUGCGAACCGAAGUUGUCAAUGGAGGUAUCGAAGGAGACCUGGGUCUGUAGCACUGACUUCAUCAGGUCCCGCCCCGGUAAACAACCGGUCAUCCCAAAGGACGGCGGAGAGGAGUCCAAGAAGAGAGUGAGUACCGACUCCAAUGCUGCUCAGCAACAACAGAAUCCACAACAACAGAGUCAUCAGAAGCAACAGCAUCAGCAACAGCAGGAGGCCCGGAAGUCGUGUUCCAACUCAAAUCACUCAAAUCUACCGCCGGCGGUGGUGGCGCUGCCGUCGAUGGCAAGCAUGAUAGAGCAGAAGCUUGUGAACGCCAAGGCCUACGAACCCUUCGUGCUCACGCGCUGCAAGUCGGAGCCGAUGCGGUCAUCGGCUAAGCUUGCGCCGGAGGCUUGCUUCUGGAAAAAUCGGAGGCUUGAGCCUCAUCCACCCACUACGCUUGGCGUCGGAGGAGGAGCUGGUGUCGGCUUCUGAGCCGACUAGAUCCGCGCUAGCCAAGUCCUUAACAUACCGUGCCCAUGCUCUAUUGCUAUGUGCUCCCUCUCUACUGGUCUGUACAUCCUUCUUUGGUGAUUUUUAUUGAUCUCUUUUUAUUAUUAUUUCUAAUUUUUCUUGGUCUUUUUGUUGAAAAGUUGGGGGUCCACGUAAAUUUGUCUUGUAGUAGUUUUUAGUAAAGUGCAGUACAUGUUAAAGAAAGCGUAUAAUGCCCACCUGGCCACCUACUGAUUUGCUUUUAA